AGUCAGUGUAGCUGUUCUCUAGUUGUGCGAUUAACGUUGUACCAAAACGGCACGCCUGCAAAAAAAUAGCAAUUUCCAUACAGCUGAAACGAGUGAAGAAAAACAGAAUAUUAUCAGCAAAUCUCCGAGACGUCUCAUCUGAAAGCUGGGAUCGCUGCUUGCAGGCUACCCGCACAGCUGCUGCACGCCUAGCCAGCACACCGCAGCAAACUUAGCUCAAGAUCACACUUUUGUCCGAGUGUGUGUGACUGUUCCCGUUUGCGUGCGCGUUGCUCUCAGAGGAUGGCACAGGAAGGAGACGCCUGAAGGAGAAGGUGGAUCAAGGAACGAGGAUCAAGUGAAUACCCUUCGAAUUUCCAGUGGAACAGCAGCCUUGUUUUGAGGCUCAUAUGAGAGAUUCAGAUGUAAAGGUUGAGAGCUGCAGUCAUGGAGGCCACAACCGUACUUCCUGUUUUGAAGAAGAAGCUGGCUUUUUUGUCAGGGGGCAAGGACAGACGCAGCGGCCUGAUCCUCACCAUCCCACUGUGCACGGAGCAGACCAGCAUGGAGGAGCUCAGCUCCACCCUCGACUACCUGCUCAGCAUCCCCAGUGAUAAAUGCAAGGCGCGAGGCUUCACGGUGAUUGUGGACGGCAGGAAGUCCCAGUGGAAUGUAGUGAAGACGGUGGUGCUGAUGCUGCAGAACGUAAUACCAGCAGAGGUGUCCUUGGUGUGCGUGGUCAAGCCCGAUGAAUUCUGGGACAAGAAGGUGACCCACUUCUGCUUCUGGAAGGAGAAGGACAGGCUGGGCUUUGAGGUCAUUCUCGUAUCUGCCAACAAGCUCACACGCUACAUUGAGCCGUGCCAGCUGACAGAGGAGUUCGGGGGAAGUCUCAUUUAUGAUCACAUGGACUGGCUGAACAAAAGACUGGUCUUUGAGAAAUUCACCAAAGAGUGUACAUCACUCCUGGAUGAGCUGGCCAUCAUCAACGAGAACGAGAAAGGAAGCCAUCCGGACAAAGACAGGCCCCCAGAUGGUGCCUUUUUGCCAUCGUUUGACCCUGAAACCGUCCUGCAGACAGGGCACGAGCUGCUGUCUGAGCUGCAGCAGCGGCGGUUUAACGGCUCAGAGGGGGGUACGGCCUGGUCCCCGAUGGACGACGAGCUGCUGGCCCAGCCGCAGGUGAUGAAGCUGCUGGACUCCCUGAGGGAGCAGUACACCAGGUACCAGGAGGUGUGCAGGCAGCGCAGCAAGCGCUCGCAGCUGGAGGAGAUCCAGGCCAAGGUCAUGCAGGUGGUGAACUGGCUGGAGGGCCCCGGCACGGAGCAGCUCAGCAGGCAGUGGGGGAUCGGGGACUCCAUCAGGGCAUCCCAGGCACUGCAGCAGAAACACGAGGAGAUCGAGAGCCAGCACAGCGAGUGGUUCGCGGUGUACGUGGAGCUGAACCAGCAGAUCGCGGCCCUCCUGAGCGCGGGGGACGAGGAGGACCUGGUGGAGCUGAAGGGUCUGCAACAGCAGCUGAGUGACGUGUGCUACAGGCAGGCCAGCCAGCUGGAGUUCAGACAGAACGUGCUGCAGUCCGCCCACGACUUCCACGGCACCGCCCAGGACUUGUCGCAGCAGCUGGAUGGGCUACUGGGCAUGCUCUGUUCAGAUGUAGCGCCGGCUGAUGGAGCCGCCAUCCAGCAGACUCUGAAGCAUCUGGAGGAAAAGCUCAAGAGUGUGGAGGGCGCUCUGCAAGGUCUGAGGGAAAAAGGCCAAGUUCUGCUCAACCAGAUCUCCACCCAGACGUCCUGGGCGUAUGGGAAAGACCUCAGCAUCGAAAACAAGGAGAACGUUGACCACGUCCAGAGCAUCAUGGAGGACAUGCAGCUCCGCAAACAGAGGUGUGAGGACAUGGUGGACGUGAGGAGGCUGAAGAUGCUGCAGAUGGUCCAGCUCUUUAAGUGCGAGGAGGAUGCUGCACAGGCAGUGGAGUGGCUCGGGGAGCUGCUGGAUGCUCUGCUGAAGACUCAUAUCAGACUGGGAGACGACACACAGGAGUCCAAAAUCCUGCUGGAGAAACACAAAAAAUUUGUAGAUGUUGCUCAGAGCACCUAUGACUACGGCCGGCAGCUGCUGCAGGCCACGGUGGUGCUGUGCCAGUCGCUGCGCUGCACCACCCGCUCCUCCGGAGACACCCUGCCCCGCCUCAACCGCGUCUGGAAGCAGUUCACCGUCAGCGCCGACGAGCGGCUGCAGCGGCUGGAGAUGGCCUGCUCCUUCCACACCGCGGCCGAGAAGAUACUGAAGGAGGGCCCGGAGCAGGCCGAGGCUGGUCAGGACCUGGAGGCUUUUGAGGAGGUGGAGGCCAUGGGGACCGCUCUGCUGGAGAGGCUCACCGUGCCGGUGGUUUUCCCUGAUGGGAGCGAGCAGUUCUUUGGCAGCCCCAGUGACAUGGCCUCAUCCGCCGAGCACAUCCGAGACAGAAUGAGGCUGGUGGAGGAGAAGAGGCCGCAGCAGGAACAGGAAGAGGAGCAGGAAGAGGAACAGGGAGAGGAACAGGGAGAGGAGCAGGGAGAAGAACAGGAAGAGGAGCGGGAAGAGGAGCAGGAAGGGGAGCAGGAAGAGGAGGAGCUGCGGCAGGAGGAGGCGGGGCAGCAGCAGGAAGUGGGCGGGGAGUCUGAGAUGGCAUCCCAGGACAGCUAGUGGCACCCCUACGGCGGCCGUAAAAAAAAAAAAAAAAAAAUUUAAAAAAGGGCGGGGCACACCACGGUCAGCGCAGCGCUCGGCCAUCACGAGGUGGUCACGGUUUCCAUAGCAGCCAGGCGCCACCAUCAGGCCUCCCCAGCAUCCUGCCACUAUACUCUGCCUUGCCGAGCUGUGUUAGCGUGUCGCACACAGCUGAAAAUGUCCUGCCUGCUCCUGUUCCGUCGCUUACAUGUGGAGGACCAGGAAAACGAGGGAGCGCACUGAACCCCAAAGGCCUUCUCUCACCCUUAACUGCCCAUGCGGGCAGGCAGCUCCAGCUUACAGGGUGCUACUACAUGUACAGAACUCUCCAUCUCUGUCCUUGUUUCACCUGGUGCUGUAAGAUUUUUAGGGCUUAGGGAAAACUUGUUUUUGGACUGUAAGCAGUGUUUUUUAUAUAUGUAUAUUUUUUAUUAAUUGGUAAUAACUUGCCGCAUCUUAAUUGUGCCAAUGCACAGACCCAUACUAAAGGCUUUGAUACUGGUGUAAACUGCCUACUCUACUGUUUUUAGGUAUGUACCGACUGUAUAUUAUGCAUAUUUAUGUCAGCUGGCUUUUAAAAAAAAGUUCAAAAUGCUGUGACGCUUUUGUGUGUCGAGGUACAGUUUAAGAGCAGAGCUUUGUUUGAUAUCUGAGAUUAGAAUCUUAUGAGUUUUAUUACAAUUUAAUGAGAAUGAAA